AUGACCGGUGCCACAGGGGCUGGCUCCGGCUCCACCCCCGUGUCCACCCCCUUCAAUGGGCCCUUCUCGGUGCCCAUGCAGCACCAGUCAAGCAGCGACUUCUCCAUUCAAGGCUCCUCCGGCCUUCCGUCGUUGAACCUGUCCAGCCAGCAAACUUCCUUCGCCGCUGCUGCCGCUGCCUCAACCGCCGCCACCGCCACUUCCGCCACUCUUGCCAGCGUCGGCACGUCGCCUAGCGGUCUUCCACAGCACCUGAACCAGUGCUCCUCCUCCACCUUGUCUGCCAAUCUCAAUCUCGGCGCUCUAUCACAGGCCGCCCACGUUGGCCCCUCCGAGAUCACCUCCGCUCAGGGAUUCCUCCUAAACGGCAACCACCUGCAAGUCAACGUUCCCAGCGGCCUUAUUCUUGUCAAUCAUUCCACCAUCCAGUCUUCUCCCACCGGCAGCUCCUUCCAUUCCUGCGGCUCCGCCAGUGUUGGUACCUCCGCUCCCCCCUCUUGCUCCUCGGCCGCUGCCAGCGCCUGGGACGACGGGUCCUUGUCGAUGAAGAAGAUCGAGCUCAGCAUCCCUCAAUUGACUGAUAUUCCGACCAUGGCGCUCGGCAUCCACGCCGGGUCUUCGUCGGAGGGCGCCCCCAGUGCGACGCAAUACCUCCAUCAAGGAGGCUACUCCCAACUGAAGAACAUUCAGCAGCCCUUCCAUCAACCCUUCCAUCAUGCUCAUGGCCAGCAAACUCAGCAGCAGCAGCAGCAGCAGCAGCAGCAACAACAACAGCAACAGCAACAGCAGCAGCAGCAGCAGCAGCAGCACGUUUACCAGCAGCAGCAGCAGCAGCAGCCACAGCAGCAUUAUAGCCAGCUCCAGCUCCAGCAGAUCCAACAGCUCCAGCUCCAGCGACGCAUUCAGCAGCAGCAGCAGCAGCUUCAACAGCAGCAGCAGCAGCAGCAGCAACUGCGUUUGCAGCAGCAGCUUCAAUUCCAACAGCAGCAGCAGCAACAGCAACAGCUUCAACUUCAGCAGCACCUCCAACAGCAGUCCCAUGGUGGUGCCGACCUGAGUCCCAUUCACGCACACCUCCACCAAUCUUAUGCGGCCGCCGCUGCUGCUGUCGCUUCCGCCACUGCGACCUCCCCCUCGCAAAUCGGCGGUAAUGGCCUGUCUCAAGUGAAGCCCCUCGGCAACAAUGGACAUGCCCACCCCUCUGCCGUAUCCUUUUCCGGCCUACAGCCGAUGCAAGGCAAUCAGAUGAAGUCCCUCCAACAGCAGCAGCAGCAGCAACAACAACAACAACAGUCGCAACACCAGCACUGCGCCAGCCAGCCAGGCAUGACAAUGUUCCAACAGCCCCAUAUCCCCGCGGUUGGCGGAGGCACCGGUGGCUAUUCCCAGCCGCCCCAGUCCGCGAGCACAGCAAACGCCCACUUUCAGAUUCCCCUGCCCCAGUCGACUUCGCAGCUGCCCUUCUGCGAGGUCGGCCAGCCGGUGCCCUUCCCCUCACAGCCGGGAACGUCGUCCACCGCGGCGGCUGCCGCUGUUGCUGCGGCUGCCGUCGCGCAGCUCCUCCACCACCACCCGGAUCAGACCGGAGGCUCCAUGCAUGGCGACCUGUUGAUGUCGUCUCCGAAUAAGGGCGGCACGGGUGCCUUUUUGUCGGCCAGUCGCGAGGCGUCGGAGGUGGCUGCCGCGGCCGCGGUCCUCCACGGCGCUGGCGGCCUCCCCUCAUGGGGGGCUGACCUGUCCGCCAGUGGUGCGAUGACUGCUUCACACUCUGCAUCUUCCUUGGCAGACAUGAGCGGAGCCAACUCGCCCACACACUCGGGCCGCGCUGCCUCAAUUGGCAAGCAGCCCCUUGCGUCGUUGACUUCGACGUCGGUCAGCACUGACCUUGCUCGGCCCUCGUCGGCUGACGCCUCGGCCUCCUUCUCUGUGCGCCUCCACCCAAGUAUUUCGCCUAUCUCAGAUAUGACUGCUGCAUCCAGGGUCAAGGUGGGACCCCGAAAGGGGCUUGCCUCCGCAGCCGGUGUUGGCAAUCCCCUUUCUUCCACCCCGUCAUCCGGCCGGCGAGUGACCAAACGCGACCGGCGCCGGAUAGUCACCAAGAAGUUCUUCCAAUGCAAGGAACCCGGCUGCACGCGGGACUUUGGCCGCCUGGAGCAUCUCCGCCGACACAGCCUCACACACUCCGGCGCUCGGCCCUUCAUCUGCUGCUUCGCCGGGUGCUCGAAGUCCUUUGCUCGGGCGGAUAACCUUCGUCAGCACGAGCGCACCCAUGCGGCCGGGGCUCGGCGCGGGGGGUCCGGCCGGCGACGCAGCUCCACCACCACCACCCUGUCGAGCCUCACUCCCGGCACCGCCGGAGAGGAUGACGACGAGGUGCUCCUGACCCACUCGGUAGAUGGCUCCUCCGGGGCUGAGGACGAUGGCAUUGUCACUCCCGAGGACAAUCACGACCGGCUGUCGUCUGGCGGGCCAGCCGGCCUCUAGAAACCGAAGAUGCGGCUGUGGAUGCGCGCUGCGCGUGCACACAUGGCCGCAUGCACACAUAUCUUCCCCUUCUCCCCUCCGUUUGCUGCUCCCUCUGCUACUUCCCUUUCAACGAUGCUGGCACAUCCGCCCAAGAUGAAGAGCGAAGGACCGGACACGCUGAAGGCCACACCCGAGAGUGCGCGCAUGCUGUAUGUGCAUGUCUGCCAAGAAAGUUCCCCGAGGCAGACAGAAUCAAACAGGGACGCGGCAAGAAGACGACGCGCAUGGAAGACUGGAUCGUUGCCGAAUGAGGGAUUGGAGCAGAGAGAGAGAGAGAGAGAGAAGAAAGAGGAGGAGUAGGCCUUUUUGUGUCUCUGGCACAGCCUCACCCCGAGCAGCAUGCCCUCUCCUUUCCCCCUGUUUCUUGCUCCUCUGCCCGAGUAUCCUUCCUCUUCCUUUCCGUCUCUUCUUCCUCCCUCCCAUGACGCCCCCUCCUCCCCGCUCCCUCCCCCUGCUCCCCCUCUACCUCUCCUCCCUCUCCGCCCUCUCCGCCCUCUUUCCCACUCCCCACCCACGCCUCGCUAUUCCCUUUACCUCCCCCCCCCCGGGCUUUCCUUUCCCCUCGCUCCCCUCGGUAUACCUCCCUCAUGAAGCUCUCUCUUCGGCAAGCAUUUCGACGCGCAUAUACAAAAGCCGCCCGCGCGCGCCCUGUUCAAGCGGACGCCUCAAGCCCUGUUACUGGCCCUCUCUCUCUCUCUCUCUCUC